AUGACGUGUUGUAGCUGCUGUAGACCAACUCGGAGAGAGGACCGAGUGACCCCUCAAGGUCUGUUGUACAAGGAUUACCCCCACUUUGUCAACGCGGAUGGGCAAUGCAUUUUCUGCAGGUACUGGGAACCGAAAACACCGCCCAGGGGUUUAGCGAUGAUAAUACACGCUGCAGGAGAACACAGCGGCCGCUAUCAAGGAAUUGCUGGGGUGAUGACAAAGCAGGCCCUGUUUGUAUUUGCACAUGAUCACAUUGGCCACGGGCAGAGUGAAGGCAGGCGCAUGUAUGUGUCCAGUUUCAGAGACUACAUUCGGGACUCCCUGCAGCACUUCGACAUGAUGACGAGCCGUUUCCCGAACCUAAAGGUCUUCAUCUUUGCACACGCCAUGGGCGGGACCAUCGCAAUCUCUGUCGCAAACGAGAGACAGAAGUACAUCGCUGGGGUGAUUUUUAUCGCGCCGCUGGUUAUAUUGAACCCUGAGUCAGCAACACCAGCGAGGAUGUUUGUUGCCAAAGUGCUGUAUCACUUGACGCCAAAUCUAACCUUGGGAUACGUGGACCCUCGUUGGCUCUCAAGAUCACAAAAAGAGGUAAAGAUAUACAAAAAUGAUCCUCUCAAUUACCACGGACCAUAUAGGAUGAGAUUCACUGUUCAGGUGUUACAAGCGGUUGCCAAACUGGAGAGAGUGGUGCCUUCCAUCACUUGGCCAAUGUUGAUUUUACACGGUGAUGCAGAUAAACUGUGUGAUAUCAGGGGCUCCUUCCUCCUGUACAAGCUAUCGGCGAGCUCGGACAAGACUCUGAAGAUCUUCAGUAAAUGUUUCCACCUGCUCCAUCGAGAAGUGCCGAAUGUUUCUCUGGAAGUCUUUGCAUUGAUUGGGAAAUGGAUCACUGACAGGAUGCCGCCAAUGGAACAAGACUGAACAGGCCUGUAAAUGUGGACAGUCUACAAA